AAGCCCUAAAACCUAAGCGCAAUUUUUCUAGGGUUCUCCAAAGUCCAGACACGCCUCGUCACGCCAGAUCGAAUCCAGUCAGAUUUUGAUUGGCCGCUUUGAAUGUUAGAAUUGGGAUUGCCCCGAUCGAAUUGAUCUUCGCUUUGAAUGUCAGAAUUUGGCCGAUCGAAUCGACGGGGCCGCUUUGAACUCCUCUCAGACUUCUGGAUUGCCCUGCAGCUGUCAGCAUAUAAAUCUUGCCCUCUUUGUGAAUCUACCUCAGAUCAUUCCUUUCUGGAUUGCCCUGUAGCUGUCAGCAGACAAAUCCCUCUUUGUGAAUACCUGCUACAGGUUCUGUGUCAAUGGCAUCAUCCGGCGUGCCAUUUGAUGUUAUUAUUUCUACCAAAGAGCUUCAUAAACAAAGAGUCGAGGAACAAAAAGAAUUGGUAUGCUCUUUACUUAAAAAUCUGGAGGACUUGAAGCUCACCUUAAGAACAAAAGAUCAAAACUUAGAAGAAUUGAAGACGAAGAAUAUAGAACUAGAUGCAGAGUUGCAAGAGCACAAGUUGAAUUUUGAUAGGUUAUCCAAAAAUUUUCAAGAUAUGUUACUCGAAAUUGAGAAGGAAUUUGAACAGCCCAUGAGCAGGCUCGGUGGGCUGCAGCGUAUGGGUUAUGAGCAAGAGAUAAAGCGUAAUAGUCAAAAGCAACAUGUGCGUCUAUCCAAAAGGAAGAUUACUGAAAAUUUUAAGAGGAUAAAGGAUAUUGAGUCGAAGAUCGCAGCGGCAAGAAGUUUGCUGAUGCAUGCCGUCCGAAUUGUAAAAUGAUGUCUGUGAUCCCUGUUCAUUUUAUAGAAAGUUUACACGCAAUAGAAAGUUUCUGACAGUUGCCCCUGUUGUACUGUAAAAAAUUUACUUCAAUGCUCCAGUCUUUUUGGCCGACUUUUGAUGCCUACUAUGUCAUAUAUGAUAUCUCUUGUUAUAUGCAACUAUGCAAUUGGUUAAAUGGUAGAUGGAUGAAAUUACUUGCUCGUUCUCA